AUGCAACGGCUCGGUCGCAUCCUCGUCGUCGUCCUUGCCUCAGUGGCCGCGAUCCCGACGGGAACGUACCGCAUUCUCACCUUUGACCACUUGGCCGUGGCCGAGAUCAACGGCCACUUGGUGCCAACGCCAUUGAACACGAGCGCACGCAACGAGCUCUUUAGCUACACGAAUUUUUCCGGCGUCUUUUACUCAGCGAGCGCGGUGCAGUGCGUCGGCGCGUUCUUGCAUCCGAUGGUGCUUCAAGGCGGCGCCGCCUACAACGUUCACAUGAAGCUCCGCCUCGGUCUCUGGCGCUGUCUUGGGUCUAGCAUCAACCUGCCCUGGCGGUACGACGAGGCGUCGAUGCAAAUUGCACACCGGUACUACCGCGGGUGGUGCUGGGACGCCAGCACGAGCCCGAUUGCGGUCUACUUGUGCGACCCGAGCAGCGAAAGCCAGCGCUUUCGGCUCGUCCCGCCGACAGACGCCAGCCCGACACCGCGGCCGCCGCGGCGGCGUCUUUUGUUUGAGCCGCGAGACGCGAUCGGGCACCGCCGCUGGCUCGAGAGCGACAACCCCGAGGGCUUUGUCCUGGAAGACGAGACGCUCAAGCUGCAGCCGAUGCGACUGACGAUGCCCGACCGCGGGGUCAUUCGGCAAGUGAACGACCGCGUCUACCUCGAGGCAACGCCCCGCAAUGGCUCGGACGAGUGGUUCGAGUACAAUGCAAACCACCAGACGCUGCGGUCGAUGGGCCGGAACGACUCGUGCUUGGCGAUUACGCCCAACAACCAGCUUGUCUUGACGCCGUGCUGCGCGCCGGUGGGCUGCUACCAGCAAAACUUUGUCGUGUACAAGAAUCGGAUCCGACACCCGUCGUCGUUCUGCGUCGCGCUCAACCCAAUCAAGCCGGCGACCAACCCGCUCCUCGGGCAAUGGUGCAACGACCUCCGGGAUCACGUUCAGUUUUUCGCCGUCUACAAGGAGCCUGCGCCCGACCACCGGCGACUGGACAGUGCAGAGACGCGGAUCACAGCUAGAAACGGCCACGUUGUGUCCGAGUGGAGCACUGGCUUGUAUGUGAAUGGUGCGGUCAACAACAAGAACGAGUGGUUCACCUACAACGAAGGCGGUCACACGUUCCAAGUCCAGAGCAACCGCCAGUGCAUCGACGCGUUUUGGAGCUCCGACCCAAGCGUGAAAUGGUGGGUCCUCAAGCUGCACACGUUCGACUGCGGGUAUGGCAACCGCAACCAAGAGUGGGCACCGACGCACAACCGCGUCAAACAUCUCAACCACGCCGGCAUCUGCCUCGAGGCCCGUGGCGACAAGACCCUCGGUGUCAACACGUCUGGGAAGGUGACCUUCAAGAUCACGCUCACGUCGGACCCAAAGCUGCCGUUCCGCAUCGUCAGCGUGCCCGAGGAAGCGCCGUUCACGGCCGUCCUCAAGUACGUCGCCGAAGAGUUCCGCGUGCCCGCAGCCACGAGUGCCAUCAUCACCAACGAUGGCAUUGGCAUCAACCCGUCGCAGACGGCUGGCAACGUCUUUCUCAAGCAUGGCACCGAGCUGCGCUUGAUUCCGCGCGACCGCGUCGGCUAG